AUGCUUCUGUAUUUAAACAUCCUGCUGCUGCUCAUCCUGCAGCCAGCUGUGUCGAGUCCAGUGCCGCUGACCACACCGUCCAGAGGAUGUCCCACCUGUAAUGCAAAGUUCACACAGAGUCAGCCGACUGUAGAUUCAAAUACCACCGCUCUGGCUGUUGGAGAACCAUGUGGGGUCUACACUCUGAGCUGUGCCAACGGUCUGCGGUGUGAACCUUCAGAGGAGGAGCAGAGGCCUCUCCGUGCCCUGCUGGAAGGCAGGGGAGUCUGCACUAACACCAGCAGCGUCAGCCCGACUGAAAGUGUCAAGACUCAAGACCCAACACCUACUGAGGAUCCAGAUGAGGCUCCAUGUCGUAAACUGCUAACUACCCUUAUCAAAGGUCUUGAUGCCCAUUUAUUUAAGUCGCAUCAUGACAUCUACAUGCCCAACUGUGACAAGCGUGGUUUCUUCAGGAAGAAGCAGUGUUGGUCGUCUCGAGGUAAGCGACGUGGCAAGUGCUGGUGUGUGGAUCAGAACGGCAUGCCAGUCGCUAACACUAAACAGAGGGGCGGCCUGAGUUGUUGAAAUGCAUGAAGCGUGGACUGAAGCAGAGGAGGCUGACACUUCAUUACCGAUACAAGAUAAAAGAUGAAGGAACACCACACAGAGUCUGAAGCAGCUCAGCACAGUCUCACAUUUCAUUC